UAAAGUUGAGGAAACGCGGGGUGAGGGAUAAGGGGUGUAGAGGAGUUAAUUUUUUCAACCUUUGCAAAAAGAAAACGUUUUUUAAAAAAUCUGUUACGGAUUUAUAUUCCUCAAAGAAAAAACUUACCCUCGCCAAACAAAACAAACUAAACCAAAUAAAUCACCAGACCUUUCCAAAUUCGUGUUUUAAAAUACUGAGAUUAGCAAUCCCAGGUGACGGAAGCAGCCAGGAGAAAAUUUAGUGUUCAAAACUCUUCCAGCAGUCUGGUGAGGUGUUGCUACCACUUCCAAGUCGGCUUAUGAGACACAACUCUGUUCACGGCCAUUUCCAGUAAUCAGUUUAACACACUCCAUCCACAACGCCUCAAUCUUCUUAGACACAACCGCCAGCUCGCUCGCCGAGGAGAGACGGAGCCGGGGAUUAGAGCCCCGCCCCGGGGAUGCGGCGGCGGGUGCGGUCGCUCUAGGCCCGCCGGCCGUUCUCUAUGGUCGCGCGCUCCGAGUGUUGUCAUCGGUGGAGCGACGGCCGGAGGCGGCGGCGUAGGCUCCGGCGGGGUGUUUGGUUUCGGUUUGGCCCUGACUGGAAUUAGUGUUGACGGUCGAAAUGGGAGUCCCCAAGUUUUACCGAUGGAUCUCAGAGCGGUAUCCCUGUCUCAGCGAAGUGGUGAAAGAGCAUCAGAUUCCUGAAUUUGACAACUUGUACCUGGAUAUGAAUGGCAUUAUACAUCAGUGUUCCCAUCCUAAUGAUGAUGAUGUUCACUUCAGAAUUUCAGAUGAUAAAAUCUUUACUGAUAUUUUUCACUACUUGGAGGUGUUAUUUCGCAUUAUUAAACCUAGGAAAGUGUUCUUUAUGGCUGUUGAUGGUGUGGCUCCUCGAGCAAAAAUGAACCAGCAGCGUGGAAGGCGUUUUAGGUCAGCAAAGGAGGCAGAGGACAAAAUUAAAAAGGCAAUAGAAAAAGGAGAAAUUCUUCCUACAGAGGCCAGAUUUGACUCCAACUGUAUUACACCAGGGACUGAAUUCAUGGCCAGGUUACAUGAACAUCUGAAGUAUUUUGUAAAUAUGAAAAUUUCUACAGACAAGUCGUGGCAAGGAGUUACCAUUUACUUCUCAGGCCAUGAGACUCCCGGAGAAGGAGAGCAUAAAAUCAUGGAAUUUAUCAGAUCCGAGAAAGCAAAACCAGAUCAUGAUCCAAACACCAGACACUGUCUUUAUGGUUUAGAUGCUGACUUGAUUAUGCUUGGAUUAACAAGUCAUGAGGCACAUUUCUCUCUUUUAAGAGAAGAGGUUCGGUUUGGUGGUAAAAAGACACAAAGGGUAUGUGCACCAGAAGAAACCACAUUUCACCUCCUACACUUAUCUUUAAUGAGAGAGUAUAUUGACUAUGAGUUUUCAGUAUUAAAAGACGAGAUCACAUUUAAAUAUGAUAUUGAAAGGGUAAUAGAUGAUUGGAUUUUGAUGGGAUUUCUUGUUGGUAAUGAUUUUAUCCCUCAUCUACCUCAUUUACAUAUUAACCAUGAUGCACUGCCUCUUCUUUAUGGAACAUAUAUUACCAUCCUACCAGAACUUGGGGGUUACAUUAAUGAAAGUGGGCAUCUUAACUUACCUCGAUUUGAGAAAUACCUUGUGAAACUAUCAGAUUUUGAUCGAGAGCACUUCAGUGAAGUUUUUGUGGACCUAAAGUGGUUUGAAAGCAAAGUCGGUAAUAAGUACCUCAAUGAAGCAGCAGGUAUUGCAGCAGAAGAAGCCAAGAACUACAAGGAAAAGAAAAAGUCAAAGGGCCAGGAAAAUUCCUUAUGUUGGGCUGCUUUAGACAAAAAUGAAGUGGUCAAUUCUAAGGAUAACUUAGAAGAUGAAACUGAAGAUGAUGACCUAUUUGAAACUGAGUUUAGACAAUAUAAAAGAACAUAUUACAUGACAAAGAUGGGAGUUGACUUAGUAUCUGAGUACGUUUUUGCCAAUGCUAUUUCUUUAAAAUAG